UUAAGAAUGCUGCAAUAUUAUUUUAGUCUUUCUAACUUUAGAUAGUAGCCUAUGUUGAACAUUAGAAACGCCGGGGAACUAAUUGACCAACAUCAGUGAGUCAGCGAGCGGAUUAAUUGUAUAGUUGUUGAGCAGCUGAUAUUAUUCCUGCUGGCACCAGUCGAAAACCUAGACCCCAACAAUUGUGAGCGCGAGCUGAAAAAGCCCACGUCCUUUCUGGAGAUGAAAAGCAGGGACCAGGGUGGACAGACCAAGCUUAAUGUCCAGAAUAAGACCAAGAGGAAGUUGGAGCCAGCUCCACCCCCUCUCUCUGAACCUCCAGACACCAGGAAGUCAAAGAAGAAGAACAUAAUCCCUGGCCCACCUGCCACUCAGCAAGUGAAGAGAUCCAGAUGUCCUCCCAGCCCCUGGACCCCUAACCUAGUGGAGAUUAGACGUAGGCCACCUACAGUCACACCUCCUACCUGUGAGAUAGGUGUAACUACAUUUACCUUGAGAUCUAAGGUAGCGACAAGCCCUACCUUGAAGUCAGGUGUAGCCACAUCCCCAUCUAGCGGUGAAGCCUUUUCCACAUCCCCUGAGAGGAAGAAGAUGAGGAAGAAGAACGGGAAGAGGGCCAGGUGCAGUGGUGCGGCCGUUCCUACCCCCCCUGAGAGGAAGAUGAAGAAGAGGGCGAGGUGCUGCCCUGUCCCACUGAACAACCCCUUGUCUGUCUGUCGGUCGCAGAGGGCCACCCAGGGCAGGAAGGCCUGUGUGUGGUGUAAACAGGAGAAAGAGCGGAGGAAGACCAUCUGGCAGUGUGAGGCCUGCCAGGUGGCCCUCUGUCUCAUACCGGGUAGAAACUGCUUCAGGGCCUGGCACAAGACUCACAAGUGGAACGAGGAAGUCAUCUUCAGUCUGUUUUCUUAAAUGUUGUCAAAUAUGUGGGUCUGGAGCCUCAGCAUGAGAUGUUAGUGGAUUGUGGUCAAAAAAGGCCACUUUCAGUUCCUAGUUCAUAUAGUUUAAGUAGAAUUCAGGUAUACAUGCAUUAAAUAAGAAAUAUUUCCUUUGUGGGUGUUUUUGCAAGAAAAGAAAGUUUAAAAGUUUGCUACAUUUUUUUAAA